CUCGGAAUAACACAAUAUACAAAUAACGUUAAUCUCGAGAAGAAGACAUACGUAUCAACGUGGUAUCGACGUAGGAGGUAGUAGUUGUGAAAAAAAUUACAAAUGGGCUGAACUCCUAGAAUCCUAAGAAAUAUUCCACAAAAAAAUAAUAAACCUGGAAAAAAUUGUAAUUUUGCUUAGUCGUUUGAAGAAAAGUUUGAAAAUGUGGAAGACUGAUCGGAUUCUGUUGAAAACUUUAGGGCGAAGGUCCUACACUAGCACAAAGAAGGUAAUAGCGAUAAGAAGGGAGGAUCAAAGCGUUUGGGAGAGGAGAGCUUCUUUCUCACCAUCACAUGUCAAAAAGUUAGUCAGAAAUGGUGUCAAGGUUAUUGUGCAACCAAGUAACAGAAGGGCAUACCCUAUGCAGGCCUAUCUCAAUGCCGGGGCCAUCGUCCAAGAAGAUAUUUCCGAAGCUAACGUCAUUUUCGGGGUUAAACAGGUACCUCUGGAGCACCUGAUACCGGAGAAAACAUACUGCAUAUUUUCACACACGAUCAAGGCGCAAGAGGGAAAUAUGCCUAUGUUAGAUGCGAUAUUGGAAAAAGAAUUAGACUUAUUGAUUACGAGAAGCUGAUGGAUGAGAAAGGAAACCGUGUAGUUGCUUUUGGUAAGAUGGCAGGAAUAGCCGGCAUUGUCAACAUUCUGCAUGGACUUGGGCUUAGACUACUGGCUCUAGGACAUCACACACCUUUCAUGCAUAUUGGACCCCCGCAUAAUUAUAGGAACUCCAGCAUGGCUCGACAAGCAGUUAGAGAUGCAGGCUACGAGAUAGCACUAGGUUUAAUGCCCAAAUCCAUUGGACCAUUAACAUUUGUAUUCACUGGAUCUGGAAAUGUAUCUCAAGGUUCCCAAGAAGUAUUCCAGGAGCUGCCUCACGAAUACGUUCCACCUGAGUUGCUAAAAAAAGCUGCAGAGCAUGGCAGCUUGAAUAAGGUGUACGGCUGUGAGGUGAGGAGAAGGCAUUACUUGGAAAGGAAAGAAGGUGGUGGAUUCGAUUCUGCUGAAUAUGAAGAACAUCCAGAAAGAUAUAUUUCAACAUUCAGCAAAAAGAUCGCCCCAUAUGCAUCAGUGAUAGUGAACGGAAUUUACUGGGCUCCAAAUAGUCCUAAGCUAUUGACCAUACCUGACGCAAAGUAUUUGCUGAGACCAGCAAUAACUCCUUGGCUACCUACAUCCGUUGGGGCACCAGCGUUACCUCAUAGAAUGUUGGCCAUUUGUGAUAUUUCCGCAGAUCCAGGAGGUUCAAUAGAAUUUAUGAACGAAUGCACAACAAUAGAUACUCCGUUCUGUCUAUACGACGCCGACAGAAACAAGGAUACCAAAAGCUUCAAAGGUCCUGGUGUACUUGUGUGUAGCAUAGACAACAUGCCUACACAAAUGCCCAGGGAAAGUACAGAUUUUUUCGGAGAUCUUCUCUUUCCAUUUACCCAUGAUAUCCUGCAAAGUAAUGCCCAGGAACCGUUGGAACAGCACCACUUUUCACCAGUGGUACACGGAGCGAUCAUUGCGAGUAAUGGCCAACUCACACCAAACUAUGAGUACAUUCAGGAAUUGAGGAAAUCACAAAUAAAAAUGAGACACAAAGAUUCUUACAAAGGUGACAACACCAAAAAUGUUCUCAUUGUUGGAGCAGGAAGAGUAGCUGCACCAUUGGUGGAAUAUCUCAAUAGAGAUAAAACGUUAGGCAUAACAGUGGCUUGUGAACAAAGAGAGUUGGGAGAUAACUUAGCCCAAUCCUACCCUGGAAUUGAAAGUGUUUAUUUGAAUGCUGCUGACAACCACGCUGCUCUACAAGAGCUUGUGAGUAGACACAACGUCGUUGUGUCCAUCUUACCAGCGGACUUGCAUUCUACAGUAGCAAAGGCUUGCAUAAAUGCCAAAGUACACAUGGUCACCGCCAGUUAUAUGGCCAACGAAAUUAAAGAUCUACAUCAAGCUGCAGCACAAGCUGGAGUUACUAUCUUGAAUGAAGUUGGGCUGGAUCCAGGUAUCGAUCAUUUGCUGGCAUUGGAAUGCAUUGAAGAGGCUAAAGAAGGUGGAGGCCGCAUUACAUCAUUCGAAUCUUUCUGUGGAGGAUUACCGGCUCCGGAAUUCAGCGACAAUCCUUUGCGAUACAAAUUCUCCUGGUCACCUCAUCGAGCGCUCUUGAAUACCCUCUCCUCAGCUAGAUAUUUAAGAAAAGGUCAAGUUGUCGAAAUCAGUGAAGGUGGUGAACUAAUGAGAGCUGCGAAACAACUCGAUUUUCUUCCUGGAUUUAACCUAGAAGGCUUCCCUAACAGAGACAGUAUUCCUUAUGCUAAGUAUUAUGGUAUCGACGAUGCCACAACGAUUUUGAGAGGAACUCUGCGCUAUUCAGGCUUCUCCCAAGCGGCUAGAGAGCUUCAAAGCGUCGGUUUGAUCGACACCCAAGAACACCCAGCUUUACAUUCGCAGGGACCCGACAUUACAUGGAGACAUCUCAUCUGUGACUUGCUAGGUCUCGAGGAUGACACAAUCCUGUUAGGAAACCUAAGGAGCAAGAUCGUGGAAAGAACGGGUUCCGAAUUCUCGGUAGAACUGUUAGAAGAGCUUGGUCUACUGGACGAUAAGCUGGUCGUUAAGAAAGGGACGCCUCUGGAUACACUCACACACUAUUUGACUUCUAAGUUGUCUUUAGAAAAAGAUGAGCGAGACUUGGUGAUUUUGAGGCAUGACAUAGGGAUCUUGUGGCCUGAUAACAAAAAAGAAAACAAAGGAAUCAAUCUGGUUGUAUAUGGAGACAUAAACGGUCAUUCUGCAAUGGCCAAAACGGUUGGGUAUCCAGCAGCUAUUGCGACUAAAAUGAUUUUAGAUGAUGAAAUUCAAGAGAGAGGAUGCAUCCUGCCGUUUGCUCCUGAAAUAUACCGACCAAUUUUACAAAGACUGAGGACCGAAGGCAUCUCACAUCAUGAAACUUCUAAAUUUUAUUAAACCAUGACUGUAUCUACAUAAAUAAUGUAUUUUUACACCCAUAUCUUCAUUUGAAAACACAUCUAGUUCUUUUCACGGUUUUCGGCGGUUACGCCACACUGCCAUACGAAUUAAAUAAACAGAUUGACUCAUGGUACAAUGUGCACAGCUUGACUUUCCUAAGAAAAAUUUAACACUACGAAAGCUGAUCUUUAUCGUAGCUGCUACCCGCUCUUGCACACACAUAUGGAUUGGGCGAUAGAGUGCCUGCUUCAGAGUUUUGUGCGCCCUGAGGCAAAGUUAGAUAGACAGAUACGUAGAUAGGGAAAUAAUAUUUGUAAUCUUAAGAGGUGAUUCCUUGCAUUAUUCUAAGCAAAAGAGUUCAUUAUAACUUAUGUCCGAAAAUCAAUCGUUUUCUAGGAAAGUGAGUCGUAAAUAAUUGAAUUUUCUCAAACAUUUGGCAACGCUGCAACGCAACCGCGAUACGAGCGCACGACGACCGCAAUUGAUUCAUCGAAUUGUUUACGUUUGUAUGAUAUCUUUGUUGAAAAUAUGCCUUGAAUUAUUCA